GUGGUCCAUGGCAUUGGUCAGUUUUUACUUAACGGGUCCCUCAAAAGAUAGAAAAGCAUUCCGGGAAUGAACAUAGCUCAUUCAACCUGCAGAGAUACACGCAUGGGUAUGGGAUAAGUGCAUAUGGUCUGUGAGUAGGCAAAGGGACAACAUAGGAAGGAGGAACACACAUGGGAAGACACAAAAGACAGGGUAGCGAUAGACUGUUACAUUGGACUUGGGCCUUGCAUAGGAAGGAGGUGGGUGGGCUGCUGGAGCAGGCAACAAGUGAUGUUUUGAGUCAUGAUCCCCUUUAAACCCCUUUUGUAAGUGGACGGCCAUCAGAUGACAUCAGAAGCAGUGAGGCAAGGGCGAAGUAACAAGCCACUGGACGACAAGCACCAGCGAGGCAGAUAGGCUGGAGGGCAGGGGAGGUGGGUGGGCUGCUGGAGCAGGGAACAGGCAAGAAGGAAGCAAGGCAGCUAGGCAACAAGGCAGGCAAUGGCAGCGAGGCAGCAUCGCCAAGGUGGGCAAUAGACCCAUGAGCAGCAGGCAACAAGGCAGGCAAAGGACAAAGGACACAUCAGCAGCAGGCAACAAGGCAACAAGGCAACAAGGUAACAAGGCAACAAGGCACAAAGCAGCGAAGCCACAAGACAGCAAGGCAGCAAGGCAGCGAAGCAGCGACGCACAAGGCAGGCAAACGGCAAAAGACAGAUGAGCAGCAGGCAACAAGGCAGCAAGGCACAAAGCAGCGAAGGCACAACUUGUGGCAAGGCAACGAAGCAGCGAAGCACGAGGCAGGCAAAGGGCAAAAGUCGCUGAGCAGCGGGCGACAAGGCAACAAGGGGCAAAGCAGCGAAGCCACAAGGCAUCAAGGCAACAAAGCAGCAAAGCACAUGGCCGGCAAACGGCAAGCCGAGCAGUAGGGUGACACUAUGAGCAGUAGGCAGCAAGGCAACAAGGCAGCAGGGGAGCAAGGCAAAAAGGCAGCAGGGGAGCAAGGCAGCGAGGCAGCAAUGCACAAGAGAGCACAGAUAAGGAAGCCAAGCUUCAAGGCCGACAGGUGGACAGCACGGAAAGACAGAGCAAGCAGAUGGGCAGCCAAGCACUAUGGCAGCACCGACAAUGCAGUCCAGUCGUACCUCUCGGACCAAAGCAGAACAUCACCUACUCACGCACAAAAAAGUAGAACUCAACAGACUGUAGGUUCAUGCCACCCUAUAUAUAGAGGAAACGAAUUUGGGGCGCUCUGAGCCAGGGAGUCAGGUGUAACGAAUGUCUAUCACCGCCGGAAAGCACGGUAACACAAGCAUCCAAAACAUAACACGCCCGCUAAUGAUGUACAGGCACUCCAAAAAUGGUCAGGCUGACUAUUUGGCACGUCUUGAGGGUACUAAACUUAAGUACUCAGAAACAUAUGGAAAAAAGGCACUCAGACACUGAAGGGAACACGGAGGGAGAAAAGAGGUGGACAAAUAAGCGGACAAUGUGGAUGUGCGCGUGUGUGUUUGUGUGUAGUGAUGAUGUCUGUUUGCGUGCAUAUCGUCAUGGAGAACUCCCUGUGCACCGUCAGCAGAAAGGGAGAAAAGGACAAGAAAUUGCAGGCUGUGACGGACUGCUUCAUUGGAGACUCACCCACUCAUCAGCAUGCCACUAUGCAAAGUGGCAUGCAGGUCACGGCACAGUUACGGGCUUCGUCUUGGCGAAGCGGAUUUGCGGUUGCUCUUCCUUGUCGACAGCUUCAUCUUGUUCGCAUGGAUGCUGUUUUCCUUUUUCCACAAGCGUCGUUAAACUUUUUGUCUUCGAUGUGAGACUACCUGUUGUUCAGAGAUUUGUUUUGGACUAUAGUGUUGUGCUGAUUUACGUUUAUUGCCCCCUGUUU